GGAGUCAACGCAAGUCUUCAUUGACUAACCAUAAACAGAUUUAACUUCCCUACAAGGAAGGAUCAAACUAUUUUCCUUUUAUCCAAAUUCACAAUAAAUUAUUAUUAUUUCAUAUCAAUAAUUCCACCUUUUGCUGAUUUGGAUUUCAAUUUAAAUUCGAUAAUUUUCAUUUUCAUUUUCCUUUAUCUUCUCCAGCUAGAGUCGGAUCACUCGGAGGAAAAAAAAACAAAUUCGGUUGCAUGUAAUUCGGAUCUUACCAUAGAUCCGGAUCCAAAUCAGCCAUGACUAGACGCUGCUCUCAUUGCAGCCACAACGGCCAUAACUCGCGCACAUGUCCAAAUCGCGGGGUUAAGCUAUUCGGGGUCCGAUUGACCGACGGGUCGAUCCGGAAAAGUGCUAGUAUGGGUAAUUUGAGUCUUUACACCGGGUCUUCUAAUCUGGGUGGUGCUGGCGGAGCUCAUGGUUUGGGUUCGAAUAAUCCGGGAUCUCCUGGGGAGAUUGCUGAUCACGACGGUGGCGCCGCCGCUGACGGUUAUGGUUCUGAGGACAUUAUUACUGGUUCUGCCGCUAGCCGUGAAAGAAAAAAAGGUGUUCCAUGGACUGAAGAGGAGCACAGGAUGUUUCUACUUGGCCUGCAGAAGCUUGGUAAAGGUGAUUGGCGUGGAAUUGCUCGUAACUAUGUUAUUUCGAGGACACCUACUCAGGUGGCGAGUCAUGCUCAAAAGUAUUUCAUCAGGCAAAGCAAUGUGUCUAGGAGGAAAAGACGAUCCAGCCUUUUUGAUAUAAUAGCUGAUGAAACAGUCGAUAUUCCAAUGACAUCACAAGACUUCUUGUCCAUCGACAAUCCCGAGAUCGAAACUCAAAAUGACGAUCCUAAUUCAUUGCCUGCUCCUCCUCCUUUAGAUGAAGAAUGUGAAUCAAUGGAUUCUACCAACUCCAAUGAGGCAGAAGUAGUAUCGCCAAAGCCAGAUAGUAAACAGUCCUUCUACCCGGUUUUAUAUCCAUCUUAUAUCCCAUCCUUCUACCCGUAUGCUUUUCCGGUUUGGCCUGGUUGCAGUACAGCAGCACCAAGUAAGACAGAGACGCAUGAAGUUCUCAAACCAACAGCCGUGCAUUCAAAAAAGCCAAUCAAUGUCGACGAGUUAGUUGGCAUGUCAAAAUUGAGUUUACGAGAAUCUAUUGCUGAUGCAGGUCCAUCUUCUCUUUCCUUAAAAUUGCUAGAAGGGUCGUCGAGGCAAUCGGCUUUUCAUGCUAAUCCGACGUCUAAUGCAUCAAAUAUGAACACGAGCAGCAGUCCGAUCCAUGCAUUAUAAAUGAAAACAGCAUUUGCAGACAUGAAACUGUAGGAGCUUGACUAGUAACUGUUAAUACAAGACAAUAGUGUGCACUGUGUAGUCUGUUUGGGCAUUGAGUUAUAUAUAUAUAUUUGUUGGUGGGAUGCUAUAAUAAGAUCUCUUGUUUAUUUAUAUUUUUAGAAUCUCUUAGGAUUAUUAGUGUGUUUAUGUUCUUAGUUAUGGUAGGUGGUUGUAGUAUAUUCUCAGAAAUUAUUUGAAUUUGUAACAUUUAUGUUUAUGAAAUUUCUUUUUAGUUUGCUUCUUA